UCAUGGAGACCAUCACAGUCCAGAGCAUCACUAUCGUCACCGUGACCAUCAUAUUUUGAACAUUCACCAUCAACAUGACCACCACAGUCUAGAUCAUCAUCAUGAUGAUGUUGAUAGUUCAGGCCAUCAUCACCAUGAAGAUCAACAUAGGGAAUCUCAUCAACAUCAGCAUCAUGGAGACCAGCACAAUCCAGGCCAUUGCGUACAACAUGGAGACCACUACAGAUCAGGUCAUCACCACCAUGAAUCACAUCCCAACCAGCACCACUCAAGAAACAAUGAUUUUGACCACGAUGACCACCACACUCAUUUGAAGGGGCAUUCUGCUGGCAGUCCACUGGCACACAGGAAGACGGAGCCUCUUUCCAUUAAACCAGAGUCUUCCAUGACAACAACAAGCAACCCCAGCAGCCACGAAGAGGAACGAACAAGUUUCAUUGGCCCAUCAUUACAACAAGAGAAGAAAGAGGAGCUGGGUAGAAUCAUGAUAAUACAGGAACAAAAUGAAGGUCUGCACCACAGUUUGCUGAAGACAGCUGUGAGGAUGGAGUGUUUGGGAGAGGAAUUCAUGAGUAGCCAAAAGCUGUUGGAGGCGGAACUUCAGAGGACACGCACAGAGCUCAGCAACCUCACAGAGAGGUUUAAGAGACUACAUGAUAACUGCUCGUCCACACAGCAGACUAAUAAUGUUCUGGAGCAAAAGCUUCACUCAGUGACUCAAAAUAUGGAAGAAGAACGACAAAGGUUGAACUGUCGUAUUUCAGAGCUGACACACCAGCUUGGUAAUGUGAAAUUUGGCAACUCUGGCAAAGUGUUCAGUGUAAGCUCUUUGGCAUUCUUUCAUUUCUAGGUCUGGAAAAUAUUAGUAACAUUUAAUUCUGGCAUUCCUUGCAAAUAUCAAAGUAGCGGCUGCUAAGGUUGCA